AUGACUGGAACCAAGCCAGAGGAGAAGAUGCUUUGGGGAGGCCGCUUUACCGGCGGUCUCGAUCCGCUCAUGGCAGCAUAUAACACGUCCAUUCACUUUGAUCAAAUAUUUCACACACAGGACAUCUUGGGAAGCAUCGCAUGGGCUAGAGCAAAUCACAAGGCAGGCAUUCUCACCUCUGAAGAAUUUGUUGCCAUCGAGUCCGGUCUCAGAAAGGUCGAAGAAGAAUGGCUAUCAAAUCAGUUCAAGAUUAUACCUGAAGUUGACGAAGAUAUCCACACAGCAAAUGAACGGCGACUUGGCGAGCUCAUCGGUACGGAACUUGGAGGUAAACUUCAUACUGGCCGAAGCAGGAAUGAACAGAUUGCAACCGACAUGCGAUUAUGGUUGAGAGAUGAACUCCGCAAAAUUGAACAUUACCUGCUAGAAUUUUUGAAGACAAUGGCUUCUCGGGCCGAAGCCGAGAUAGAGCACGUGAUGCCUGGAUACACUCAUCUUCAACGAGCUCAACCUAUCAGAUGGAGUUAUUGGAUACUAUCACACGCCAUGCCGUUUGCACAAGACUUGGAACGGUUACGGGAAGUAAUUGCACGUGUCAAUCUAUCGCCUCUCGGAGCUGGUGCUCUUGCAGGAAACUGUUUCCAAGUCGAUAGAAAUGCAAUGGCAAGUGAACUUGGAUUCAAAGGACUGUUAUGGAAUUCAAUGGGAGCAAUUUCUUCCAGAGACUUUGUUGUAGAGUUCAUGCAAUGGAGCAGUAUGCUGAUGAUACACUUUUCAAGAUGGAGUGAAGAUCUAAUUGUCUACUCUACCAGUGAAUUUUCUUUCGUCAGUAUCUCUGACUCAUACUCUACCGGAAGCUCUCUUAUGCCGCAAAAAAAAAACCCAGAUAGCCUGGAGCUUCUUCGGGGAAAAAGUGGUCGAGUGUUUGGACAAAUGGCAGGCCUAAUGAUGACUGUUAAGGGGAUACCUUCCUCGUAUAAUAAAGAUCUUCAAGAAAGUGUGGAAUCUAUGAUUGACCAAGUAAAUUCUAUCAAUGAUAGCAUUAGAAUCGCCACAGGCGUACUCUCAACUUUAACUGUUAAGCCUGAAAAAAUGCGUUCAUCCCUCGACCCGUUUAUGCUAGCUACGGAUCUAGCUGACUAUCUUGUUCGAAAAGGGGUUCCCUUCCGCGAAACUCAUCACAUCUCUGGACGGUGUGUUGCGCACUCAGAAAAGACUGGUGUGCCGAUGAAUAAGAUGUCUUCAUCUGAUUUCAAGAACAUAGAUGAGAGAUUUGAUAGUGAUGUGCUAGCUAUCUUUGACUAUGAGCACAGCGUCGAAAUGCACUCCGUGACAGGAGGCACUUCCAGGUCAAAGAUUCUGGAACAGAUCAACAUAUUGAAAGCGCUUCUAGAAAUGUAG